AUAUAAAAUGGCGUAAAGAUUUGUUUAGAGGAAUAUAACUUGGGUGUGGCAAUAAACACUAAGAAAAAUUAGUAAAUAAACAUCAUAAUAAAUCGUUAUUUAUAAAAAUUCCGUGUUCCGCACCGCCCCCUGGCUGAGCAAUACCCCGGACACACCUCACCUAGGACCUUCAGGUUAUACAACUUACUCAUCGUUAAACUUUGAACUGACUCACGAAAAUGUUAAUUUUCUGCUACAAACGAAUCUUCGAAAGCACAAACUCUUUGCUCAACCCACGAAAUUAAAAAAUGUCACGUCUAGCCGACUAUUUCGUCGUUGUGGGUUAUGAUCAUGAAAAAGAAAGAAGCGGCAUCAGUAGCGGUAUAAUCCUGCAGAGAUUCCCCGAGAAAGACUGGCCAGACACUCCAUUCAUAGAAGGAAUCGAAUGGUUUUGCCAACCGCAAGGAUGGGCCCUCUCCACCGAGCGUCAAGAGCCAAAAUUCUUCGUCUCUGUACUUACCGAUAUCGACGCAAACCGCCACUACUGCGCCUGUUUGUGUUUCAACGAGACCGUCUCCAUCACCCCCAGCAAACCUGUCGAUGAGGAGGAAGACACGGUCGAGGGGGAGGCGCCCCUCGUGCGCCCCAUCCCGGCGAUUUCGCAUCACAGCAUCAUGUAUGCCCCCAAAUGCUUAGUAUUGGUGUCAAGACUGGAUUACAUAGAAACGUUUAGGAAUUGUUUAGGCAUAAUUUAUUCGGUUUACGUGGAGAGCAUGGCCGUGCCUCUGGAGAACCUCGUCGGGAAUAUUCUCGGCUGCAUACAGGUGCCGCCACCUGGAGGACCACAAGUUAGGUUUAGCAUCGGAGCGGGGGACCGGCAGGCGCUGCAGCCCCCUCUGAGUCCGUCGUUACCGGUUACGCACACUUCCGUGAAUCUGUUGUUCCAUCAGUUAGGAAUUCGAAACGUUUUAGUUUUGUUUUGUGCCAUAAUGACAGAACACAAGAUUUUGUUCCAUUCAAAGAGUUACAAUCGGUUGACUGAGGCGUGCCGAGCGCUGACAGCCCUGAUGUACCCCUUUCGGUACUCGCAUGUGUAUAUUCCUCUACUCCCGGCGGCGCUAGUCGAGGUUCUAUCAACUCCGACGCCGUUUAUCAUGGGGGUACACUCGUCACUCAAGUAUGAAGUAGCUGAAUUGAUGGAUGUGAUAAUCGCCGAUCUUGACGGCGGCUCUAUAACAAUCCCAGAUGGCAUCUCAGUUCCCCUGCUCCCGGAGCCCCUCAUCAGCCACACCCAAGAGGCCCUCAGUCUGAUCCUGCAACCCGAAUUGAGUUGUUCCGACCACGCUUUCCCUCCUCUGGCAGUUCGAGCCCCUCAGGCAGUCAUGUUGGACAAAGAAAUACGAGCCGUCUUCAUGCGUACUUUUGCUCAACUGUUACAAGGCUACAGAAGCUGCCUCACCCUCAUUAGAAUACACCCUAAACCAGUGAUAACGUUCCACAAGGCGGCGUUUUUAGGAGAGCGGAAUUUGAAAGAGUGCGAAUUUACCACGAGGGUUUUGGAUUGUAUGUUCUUCACGAGUUUCGUGGCGGAAAGGGGGCCCCCGUGGCGGCCCUGCGACGUCUGGGAUGAGCUUUACAGUAGUUUGGGUGAAUUGCUAAAAGCGGAAAACCAGGACCCAAGGCUAGUACUGGUACACAUACAGGAAUUAGCUCAACAGUUGUAUACUAACGAGAAUCCGAACCCUCAGUCGUACUCGCAGAAGAUUUUAGUGCCCCCGGAAGGGGCGUUCGCGCGUAUACAUCAGCCAAUUUUACCACUAAUCAACGGGGAUCAAGUUCAAGCCAUCAUCGACGAAGGUUUAUCAAAGAACAAUCUCAAAUCGAGUGGGGAUUACGCUUGGUUAGCCUCCUUGCGCCCAAUCCAACCCCGCAUCGUGCCCAUGGGACCACACAUUUCCAACCUCAACGAGAACAAGAACAUCGUCAGCAAUUCGGCGCGACGCCUAGAAGUCCUGCGCAAUUGCAUCAACUGCAUCUUCGAGAACAAAAUCUCGGACGCCCGGAAGACGUUUCCGGCGGUUUUGCGAGCCCUCCAGUCCAAGCAGGCGCGUUUGGCCCUCUGCAACGAGCUCGCUCAGCACGUCAGCGGCACCAAGGCCAUGUUGGAGCACCAACAGUUCGACCUGGUCGUGCGUCUGAUGAACUGCGGCCUGCAGGACGACUCCUCGAUGGACGAGCACGGGGUUGCCGCCGCCCUGUUGCCUCUGUCCACGAUUUUCUGCAGGAAGUUGUGUACAGGGAUCAUUCAAUUCGCGUACACCUGCAUACAAGAGCACGCGGUGUGGCAGAACCAACAAUUUUGGGAGGCGGCGUUUUACCAGGACGUCCAGAAGGACGUGAAGGCGUUGUACACGGCACGGUGCGACGGGGUGAGAGGGGAGUUGUUAGCAAGUCCGACUUCGCCUAGGGACAACAAGGACUACAACUGGACCAAUCGCAGAUCGAUUUUGAACAGGGUGCAGGAGCCGACAGCGCUCGAAAUAGCCGCCGAACAAAUGCGAAUUUGGAAUUCGAUCGACCCUGACAAGCAGAAGGAGUUGAUCACGUGCGAGGAAAACACGAUGUAUAGUCAAGCUAUACAUUAUGCGAAUCGGAUGGUUUAUUUGUUGAUUCCGUUGGAUAUUGCGAGUAAGACGAGCAAACAGGAGCUGUUCGACGAUGAACGAGCGAGCAACAGUAUGGCGAACAGUGUUGCUGAAAGCGACAGCGCUGAUGCCGAAUCCGGGUUUGAGGACCAAGACCCCGGCGAAACCGGCAUGACCGUCAUCCGUUUGGUGUCCCGCUUCAUCGACAAAGUCUGCAACGAAGGCGGAGUAACGCGCGAGCACAUCCGCAACCUCCACCAGAUGAUCCCGGGGGUGGUCCACAUGCACAUCGAAACCCUCGAGGCCGUCCACCGCGAGUCCAAACGUCUGCCUCCGAUCCAGAAGCCCAAAAUCCUCACCCCCAACAUGCUGGCCGGCGAAGAGCUCAUCAUGGAGGGGCUGCGCGUGUACUUGCUCCCCGACGGAAGAGAGGAGAGCAGCCCUGGGUUACUAGGUGGUCCUCCGCUGCUCCCGGCAGAGGGCGCUAUUUUCCUCACCAACUACCGCCUAAUCUUCAAGGGUACACCGUGCGACUCCUUCGCCUGCGAGCAAGUCGUGGUGCGCUCCUUCCCCGUGACGUCCCUCACGAAGGAGAAAAAGGUGGCGGUGCAGUACUUGGCGCACCUAGACCAAUGGCUGCAAGAAGGGUUACAGCUGCGAUCGUGCACUUUCCAGUUGAUGAAGUUGGCGUUCGACGAAGAGGUUACAGCGGAAAAUGUGGAAACGUUGAGGAAGUUUAUCCAUAAGAUAAGGCAUCCGCCAGAUGUGUUCCACCAUUUCGCGUUCACGGGUCAGGUGGUGGUGAGUCAGACUCCGCUUCACAAGGGGAAGGAGAAAAACGCGACGCUACGGGGAUUCGCGAAGAAGACGCUGCUGAAGACGGCGAGGAAAGCCGGGUUUAAGCAGAAGUCGUCGUCGAAGAGGCAGAAGUACGUUCUGCCGAACUCCACGAUCUACAGCAGCAAUAAGUACAUGACGAGUCCGGGGAGGAUGAGUUUGCCCAAUGCGGAUGAGUAUAGUCACGAUGAUGAUCUGUCUAUUGAUGAUUUCGAGACGGGACCGUCGUCGGUGCCGCCGGCGCCGACGGACGCCAAGACGCUGGAGAGGCUGGUGGAGAGGAGCUACGUCAGGGAUUGGCAGAGGUUGGGACUGUGCAAUGAUAAUUCGUCGCCGACGAACGCGAAACCGGCGCCGGAUCAGUUCAGGAUAACCACGGUGAAUUCGAUGUAUAUGAUGUGCAGAAGUUACCCUGCUCUCCUCGUCGUCCCUGCGAUCGUCACCGACGAGAGCAUCCGCCGCUUCUGCCGCUGCUACCGGCAGGGGCGGAUCCCCACCACCACGUGGCGCCACCCCCGCACCAAAGCGCUCCUCCUCCGCGGGGCCGGGCACCACGGCAAGAGCGUGAUGGGUAUGCUGAAAAGCCACCCCACUCCGAACGCCUCCACCGAAACCACCUCCUCCUUCGAGCAGGAACGUUACCUCUCCGCGCUAGUCGCAGCCACGCCCAUCUUCUCGCACCGCCACGGCUCCGCCUGGGGGAUGUCCGACAGCUCUCUAAGCGUCAAUUCGCUCUUUCUGGCCGCCGACGACCCGCUGGCCGGCGCCACCCUGACGCCAGAGGUGGCUCGACGCUCCAAACCGCUCAAGGCCAUGGGAACGCUUGCGGUGUUUCCAAGGUCGUCGGGCGGCAAGGGCCCGAAGAACUUCGGGCGUUGGGGCUCGCUCAAGGACAGGCGACAGAGCUCGCAGGCGUCCUUGGCCAACGUGCAGCAGACAAGGGGCAACAUCAGGCACUCGACGGACGCCGAGAGUGCCAUAUACGGGGUGCACACGCUGCAGAGGGCCGCGCUGUAUGUUCUAGGGGAGAAGGCGCAGAUGAAGGGGGUGAAGAUGGAUUCUGCGCCCAAGACUGAUUUUAUUCCGGUGGAGUACUACGACGUGCGGCACACGAAGGCGGCGUUCAAGAAGUUAAUGAGGGCGUGCAUACCGAGCUCGGCGAGCGACGCGCCGGAGCAGAGCUUCCACAGGUUGAUCGAGAACUCGGAGUGGCUGCAGCAAAUCCAGAACAUCAUGCAGUUGGCGGGCGCCGUCGUCGACCUCCUCGACUUGCAGGGUUCCUCGGUGUCCAUUUGUCUGGAGGACGGGUGGGACACCUCCGCUCAGGUCUCGUCGGUGGCUCAACUUUGCCUGGAUCCUUAUUAUCGCACGCUGGAAGGCUUUCGCGUCCUAGUCGAGAAGGAAUGGAUCGGGUUUGGCCACCGCUUCAGCCACCGCAGCAACCUGAACGCCAACUCGCAAGCGUCGGGCUUCGCCCCCACGUUCCUCCAGUUCCUCGACGUGGUCCACCAGAUCCAGAAGCAGUUCCCGAUGGCGUUCGAGUUCAGCGACUUCUACCUGAGGUUUCUCGCCUACCACUCCGUGUCCUGUCGGUUUCGCACGUUCCUGUUCGACUGCGAGCUCGAGAGGGUGGAGAGCGGGGUGGCCGCCGUGGAGGACAAGAGGGGGUCGCUGACUUCGCACCACAAGAGCGUGGACACGAUCUCCGACGAUGAGAAUAUCUAUCCUGGAGGGAGAGUCGCGGGGACCACUUCGGGGACCAACUUAGGGCAGAGCGUGUUCGACUACGUGGAGAAGCAGCACGCGAGGACGCCGCUGUUCUUCAAUUUUAUGUACACGCCGGAUUUCGAACACCCGGUAUUGCGACCACAGUCUCAUCUUCCGUGUUUAGAAGUGUGGCAGUAUUACAUUGACGAGAAUCUCCACCACGGGCCGGAGUACGACCUUGAGAUUAUACAAUUGGAUACUCAGCAGGAAGAAGAGGCGGAAGCUGCAGACGGCAUCUCGAAUAAGUCGUCGCGAAAAAUAAUUACUUUAGGGUACGACUGUGUGAAUAAAUGUGUCCCGGACGCUUUUAGCCACCUGUUGGAAGAAAUCCACAGGCUGGAGACGGAACUGGGACACUUACCUCAGAAGUGGAAGGUCCUGUGGGAUAAACUGGAGCUUCCGACAACCGAUUCACUCACUAGACACGCGUCGUUUAGUACGGCUCUAGUCCGAUCCCACGGCCGGUUAGUCCAUAAAAGAUCCACCCUAGAGAUUCUAAUGAGAGGGAAAAUGGUGGGGGCCGCCGAAACUUCGUUGGUGUAUUCACACCCCCACCGCUUCGAGAAGUACAACUACACGACGCCCACUUAUUGUGAUUAUUGCACGAGCUUACUAUGGGGACCAGUGAAAACGGGGAUGCGUUGUAUGGACUGCGGGUACAGUUGCCAUGAGAAGUGUAUAGAGGGCGUACCUAAAAACUGCACAAAAUACAAGGCCAUCGCCGAUAGCAGCGCUUCACAGACCAUUUCCGGUACAGGCGGUGAUAACGGAUCGGUCAGUUCCGGGAGCGCUCGGCAAACGUCUAGUCAACAAUACUACGACCAGUUUUCUUCGAAUGUGGCGGAGAAUCGCACUCAUGAAGGGUAUUUGUAUAAACGGGGGGCUCUGCUCAAGGGUUGGAAACAGAGGUGGUUCGUUUUGGACUCGAUUAAGCAUCAGCUGAGGUACUACGACGCGAUGGAAGAUUCGCAUUAUAAGGGAUAUAUAGAUUUGGCGGAAGUGAUUACGGUUUCGUCGGCGACCCCAGCGCCAGGUCCGCCCAAGAAGACCGACGAUAAGGCGUUCUUUGACCUGCGCACUAGUCGCCGGACGUACAACUUCUGCGCCGCCGACGCCGCGUCAGCACAAGAAUGGAUCGAGAAGCUGCAAGCUUGUCUUCAGUAAUACUCUUACCCAAAGUUACUUUAGUCACGAAUCCCUAAAUAGGUUGACAAUAAAUGUUCAUUUUUAGUCAUUUUAUUAUUUAUAUUUUUAUAAAGCAAAUGUUUAUUAUUUAACGCACAAAGGUAUUUUUAGUUGCUGAGAUUUUAUAAGUGUACUUUGUAGGUAAAUACAUUGUGGCUCAAAUAGUUAA